UGCAGUUUUCUGCAGUGAGCGGAGAGUCCUAUAGAGGAACGCUUGGAGGAUUAAUGUCGAUUGCCAGGUCAGAAGGAAUUGCAGGUUUAUAUCGAGGAUUGGGGAGCACCCUGCUAAGAGAUGCACCGUACUCAGGAAUCUACCUCGUACUCUAUUCCCGCAUGCGCUCCCUCAUUCACGAUCGCAUCUCAACCGAUGAUGGCCAUGCAACGCGCACAGUGUCCACUAUGGCAGCAGGAGCAGCAGCGGGGGCUCUUGCAACCAUUCUGACCCACCCACCUGAUGUGGUGCGAACCCAUCUGCAGCUGGCCUCUCUGCGUGCGACACCUGGCAAGCCGCUGACCAUGCUCGGUGCCACGUCAGCCAUCUACAAGUCGCAGGGUCUUCCUGGUUUCUUCCGAGGGGUGGUGCCGCGUGUGCUGAAGCGAUCAAUGCAGCAAGCACUCACAUGGACUCUCUUUGAGCGCCUCUCCUCCGUUCUCUCUGGAAGGACGCUUUGGGACCGGAAAGAUGCUGGGCCGGCGAGGAGAACAGGCACGCAAGUGACAUCUGCGCCUUCUGGUGCAUCGCUGAGUGCCUCUGCUGCAACGGCUGCAUCAGUACCGAGAAACGCUAAGGGCCAGAUACGACCUUCCAGAAAAGCCCUGCGGAGACCUCUGGAUGCACUGGUGCUGUCCGCUUUGUGCCAUCUCCCAGGAAUACCGAGAACUCACCAGGCGAGGCUGGGACCUAUCUAA